AUGACAAGAGUUCUGAUCGACGACUGUCACCGGCGUUUGCAGAAGUACAAGGCUGAGAUCGAGGAGAAAAGAAGGCAGUGUGUCCACACUCUCGGCGAUUCUAUCGCCGCAGAUCUUGGGAAGACGAUCUCUGCUCUGGCACACCACAGGCAAGCCAAGAAGAGAGAAGUUUUGGAACGGAAACUGACUAAGCUAAAACCACCAGGCACAGAAAGCUCAAACUUGGUCCACAACCUCUCGUCUAAGCAGCUAACAGAGCAGCAACUACGAGUGUUGCAGCAUGAAACGUGUUUCAACACUGCAGAUGCCGAUCCUGUCGACUUCAUUGCAGCCCUGGUAGCUAUGCUUGUGAGAAGUGACACAUCCGACUACUUGAAACACUCCGUCCGACGGCGUGCUACCUCCUUGCUGAUGACACACAGACCAACCAAGUGUAUUUCGCAGAGUGAGUUAAAGGCUAUGAGGGAACUGAGGAGGGACGACAGCAUUAUCAUUCUACCUGCUGACAAGGGACGAUCAACCGUCGUGAUGAAUAGAGAAGACUAUAAUGAAAAAGCUAAAGCCCUUCUUGAUGACAGAGAAUUUUACAGACCAGCACAGAAGUCACAAGCCAAAGCAGUGGCAGAUCGGCUGAGUAAACCGCUUAGAGAAUACCGACAUAAAAAUGUGAUCACGGAGAAUGAAUGGCACCAAAUGAAGGCAACUGACACCGCUCUAGCCCGAUUCUAUGGUCUGCCAAAAAUCCAUAAAGCAAAUGUCCCACUUCGGCCAAUCGUUGCCCUAAAAGGCAGCCCCACCUACAAUUUGGCAAAGUUGAUGUACUCAAAACUGAAGUUCCUCCAAGGCAAUUCGACCACCUCAGUUCGAUCAGCCUCUCAAUUCCUCAUAGACCUCCGAGGUCGGAGAAUUCAAUCGGACGAAAUCAUGGUCUCCUUCGAUGUGACGUCGUUAUUCACAUCUAUCCCACCAAAAGUGGCCCGCGAAGUCUUGCGCAAGAGACUUGAAGAGGCGUACGAUGAGACUCAGAAUGCCCUCAAAAUUGAACACCUCAUGAGGCUGUUUGAAUUCUGCCAACAAACUUUCUUCACUUUUGCGGGAGAGACCUAUGAACAAAUCAAGGGAACCCCAAUGGGCUCACCGGUCUCCGGUUUGGUGGCAGAACUGGUCCUACAGGAGUUGGAAAAAGAUUGCCUUCCUCCAACAUGA